AUGCUACAACGACAGUCAAUGUACUCGACUUGGGCAUCUCCUGGAAAGCUUAUCAUCGCCACGGAGCUUGAGAACGGUGCGCUGCGAGAGGGUGAGCCGCUUAAUCUCUUGAGCAAAGAGUGCAUUGGACUGCUUGCUCAGUACGCAGGCGUUGGAUUCCUCACGGGCCUCAUCCCGGGCGUCAUCUACCCCGUCCUCCAGGGAUAUUUGAAUGCCGAAGGCACGACGAUCGUAUCUGCGACUGUGCUCGUGAAGCUUCCCUGGUGCUUUAAGAUGUUCUUUGGCGUGAUCAGUGACUGCUUCCCGAUCAUGGGCUGUCGCCGUCGUCCGUACAUGGUCAUAGGCUGGGCCUUUUGUGUCAUGAUGCUUCUGGUCAUGGCAGCAAUGGACAUCCCUGAUCCAUACUACGGCGACGCUGCCAUGCACUUCAUUGACAAAGACAAGUGGACACGCGACCAAAUCGCGAGCAUCAACGCCCAUGCCCCGAAUUCCGCGGCCAAGUACGUGGUGCCCAUGAUGCUUGCGUCGUUUGGCUACCUGCUGUGUGAAGUGGCGGCUGAUGCCAUGAUUGUCGAGUACGCACAACGCGAGCCCAUUGAGCAGCGUGGGCGAGUGCAGACCGCCGUCUAUACGGUCAAGACGUCGUUUACUGCAGUGGGCGCCGCUGCCAUCGCCUUCUUCAUGAACGGAGAAGAGUAUGCCGGAUCGUUCAGCUUCUCGCUCUCGUUCCAGCACCUGAUGAUGAUCACGGGCAUCAUCUGUGCUCCUUUGAUCGUUGUGUCGUUGUGUCUAUUGACCGAAGAGCGCGUGGUGGAGAAAGUGCCCUGCAGCCAAUACAUGCUGUCGUUCUGGACGUUGCUUCAGAAACGCGCCAUCUAUCAGAUCGUGGCGUACAAGUUCUUCUCGGGCGUCUUCAACUGCAUCAAUAUCGUGUCGGCUAGCAACAUCAAGUUGUACUGGGUCAACGUCACUCCUUUCAACAACAGUGUGACGAUCAUUGUAGGCACCAUCUUUUUUGCUGCGACGCUAGCUGUCACAGGUAAGUACGGUCUCAACUGGAGCUGGCGUGCAGUCAUCAUUAUCACCAUGUGCACGACGUUGUUCAUGGAUGCCAUUAUGACGAUGCUCACGGUCUGGGACGUCUGGCGCAACCAGUGGUUUUGGCUCGGCAUACCCGUUAUUGAGCAACUGCCCGAUGGCGUUCGCUUCAUUGUUGCUUCGUACGUUGUCGUGGAGUUGGCUGAAGUGGGGCACGAAGGUGCUCUAUACGGUUUGUUCACGGCUACUACAAACUUGACGACGCCGUUCGGUCGCUCUAUGGCCAAGUUGGUGAACGCGCCAUUUCAUAUUUGGAUGAAAGAUAUCCAGGAAGACACGUAUGUCGUGCGGCGCGACACGACGAUCACCAUUUGGAUCUGCUAUAUCACAAAGCUGUUGUCGUUGGGGUUCUUGCCGCUACUCCCUCGCCAGAAGGUCGAGACACAAAGAUUGAAACGCACCGGCGGGUCGAGCCGGAUCAUGGGCAUUAUCACGUUGGCCUAUCUGUCGUUUGCACUUGUGUGGGCAACUUCCGUGAACAUGUUGUCCAUGUACGAGAGCACAAUGUGCUCAAAAGUCACGGGAGGCUGUGCACCAGCGUCUUGA